AUGAUCUCAGUUUGUUUCGUUUUUCCUCAUUCUCUGGCUUUAGACUUCAAAUCGCGGUGUAAAAAAAAUAGGACAAAACUAUGUAGCGCAUACUAUGUCAGUCAGGUAUUGAGAAUAUGUAAAGAAAUGCCAUACCGUGAUUUGAUUUUGUUUUCAACUGUAAGGAAGGGAGUUUAUAUGAGAUUAUAUUAUUAA